AUGGUAGUGGUGAUGGGUGAUGGUAGUGGUAGUGGUGGUCGUAGUGUUGUUAGUGGUGGCAACAGUGGUUGUUGGUGCGGUGGCGUUGGUGGUGGCGGCGGCGUUAGUAGUGGUGGUCGUGACGUGGUAGUGGUGGUGGAGACGGUGGCAGUAGUGCUGGGUGGUGCUGGUAGUGGUGGUGGCGGUGGCAUUGGUGGUGGUGAUGGUGGGUGGUUCGUAGUGGUGGCAAUGGUGGUGGUGGUGGGGGCGAUGGUGGUAGUGAUGGUGGCGUCAGUGGUGAUGCUGGUAGUGGUCAGUGAUGGUAGUGGUGGUGGUAAUUAUGGUGACGGAAGCAGCGAUGGUGGUGUCGGUAGUGAUGGUGGGUGGUCGCUGGCAGCGGUAAUGAUGGUAGUGGCGACGGUAGUAGUGCUGAUGGCGGCGGUGGCAACGGUGGGUGAUGGUAGUCGUGGUGGUGAGUUUUCUAAUAAGUACAAGGGGUAUUUUGUAAUCUACCACUUUCCUUGA